AUGAAUCUCGGAGAAAUAAUUAAGGAAGAAAAUAAUGCGUCUCUGCAGGACCGCGCGAAAACUAUGAUCUUUCUUCGCCAUCACCUCCAUGAGGAAUUAAAAACAGAGUACCUCACGGAUUUUAAAAGUAUAAGUGAGUACAAUUCAGCCUUGUUUAAAAUCAGCUCACAAUUGAAAUUAUGUGGAGAAAAAAUUACUGAUGAUGAUAUGUUGGAAAAAACAUACUCCACAUUUCAUGCCUCAAAUGUGCUCCUGCAGCAGCAAUAUAGAGAGCACAGAUUUACCAAAUAUUCUGAGCUGCUUUCUUGUUUGUUGGUGGAUGACCAGAAUAAUGAGCUUUUGAUGCAAAACCAUCAAUCCCGUCCCACUGGAUCUGUACCAUUCCCAGAAGCGAAUGUGUCAUCAUUUCACAGCCAUGGACGUGGACGUGGACACGGAUGUCGUGGUGGUCGUGGAUAUGGUCGCAAUAGAAAUAAUUAUAGUAAUCGUGGUGGUCAUAAUUCCUCAUUGACUCCUAGAAGGAACUCCACACCGUCCCAUCAGAAGUGGAAUUCAAAUACGACCAAGCAGGCAAAAGAAAAAGCUUUGCAGAACAAAGCUCCUAAGAUAUAUGAUGACAAGCCUUGCUCUAGAUGUGGAAUGAAAGGUCAUUGGUCGCGUACCUGUCAUACACCCAAACAUCUAGUUGAUCUUUACCGUGCCUCAAUGAAUGAUAAGGGAAAAGGAAAGGAAAUUGAAAUAAAUUUUGUGGAUGACGACUUACCAACUGAUAUUACUCACUUUGAUGUUUCUGACUUCUUUGCUGAUACUAGUGGUAGUGUUGAUCAUUUGAUUGGUGAUGGAAAUGUCCAUACCAAUUAA